AUGAAAGCCCACACGCCUCCCGACGCCCUAUUCCUUGCACCACCGCAUUCACAUGAUCCUAGCGACGUCUCUCACGUUGCCGCAUUGCCAUCAUCAAUGCUUCUACAGCUUCCUGAGUCCGUGCAAAAUGCUCUGUGGACAUUGCAAGAAUCGACUUCAAUUGUCUAUGCUUCUUACAUCAGGUUACAAGCAUUGUUGAAUGAACGCUUUGAUCGUUUGAUCCCACUGCCGGUCCGGCCAGGGGCAGCAUCAACAGGAUUCUCUGAGGGAGCGUUUUUCAACUAUGUCAAUCAUCUCGCUGCUGAGCGUCGUUACCUGCUCGAAGAUGCUCACCCUGACUGGAAACACAAGGCAUCCCGGGCGGGGUUAAACAACUACGGCGAACUGUUGCUGACGUUCCGGGGAAAGGAGAUGACGGUGGCCGAAUGGUUCUCCCAGCUUCAGGCGGCGGAGGCGUUCUGGAUUCACGAAGCCAAACAAACGGAGCUCCCCGACUUUGAAUCUACCGUCUUGGAAUACCAAUCCCAGUCGUCAACUCCUUCAAGCGAGGUUGGUGAGGACGAUGAGGCAGAAGCCGAGGAUGCCAUAGGACCACAACCGGUAGCCGCCGGAGGUAGGGUGGUCGGUGCACGAAAGCAGGUCAACUCAGAUGGGCUUGGGCUGAAGAUUGCGAAAGCAUUGGAAGCCCUCUAG